AAGAGAGGGUACUGCUGAUUAAAUCAACAUGGCGGCUAGACGUAUUUGUUCACUUUGAAAUGUUGGUCAUUUGUAUCAAUGCUUUCCGUAUUUGAAUGCCAUGAGACCACAGAUAGACUGCAUACUUUUCUGUGAAUUCCAUCCGGUCGCUGGGCCGAAGAUCGUUUACCAGAGCCCUGAGGAUUUUAUAUCCAAAGAAGAGUUUGAUUGUGUAGCUGAUUACAUAAUUCCGAAACCAGAGCUACAGAGGAAGUUGAUAACUGUAAAUGCACUUGGGCACAAGUUUAUGGGUUGUCCCAUCAGCAUUGAGAAUGCCAAGUACUCACGCAAUGCACUGCUCUUCAAUGUCUGCUUCGUUUUCACUGAGAAUCCAGACACAGUCUGUUAUGAGAAUGUUGUUAAGAAGCUAGCAGAGUACCUCACAACAUUAGAGCUUGAAGAUGGCUUUCUGUCCAAAGAUGAGACCAAGGAGACCCUUCCUACCAUUCUAUCCAGUGCAAGACAUCAGCUAAUUAGUGCUGGAAAAUGCACCAUUGCAAUUGAUGAGGCCAAUACUAUUCACUUGAAGCCCAUCAUUCCUAGCAGAGAGCCAGGUUCUGUCUUGGAUCACCAGGUCCCCAUCUUCAUCUGGGACAAGAGUGCAUGGACACUUCCUGAGUGGGACAUCACAACACAACAGAUACUACCUUACAUUGAUGGAUUCAACCACGUCUUGAGAAUAGCAAAUGCGGCAGACAUUGACCCCAGCCUUGUAAGAAUGUGCAUACAAAGCCUUGUGUACUAUGAUGUUGUCAAACUAAUAUCAAUAUUUCAGUAUUCGAACGUGUACAUCACCACUCCAGAGAUCCAUGCUCUCUACACAGAUAGACAGAUUCAGGAGGAGUGCAUACAUUAUUCUGCCAAGACAGGCUGCGUGUUACCCACGUUUCAUGACAUUUUCCAGCUGUAUUCCGGUCUGACUCCCGGGGUAACCGUAAGGGAUUUGUGUUAUCGCUACCACCCCUACAAAUUAAGAAUAGAUGAAAGGCGCCUGAUUCAGUUCGGAAUGAUGAAGGGUUUUAUCCGUCGCCUUCACAAGUUCCCAGUCUUUCUCGGCACGAGGCGAACAGAGACUGGGCAGAGGCCGUUUUCCAGAGCCAGCCGAUCACGGUGGCUCGGUGGCGAAGGGAGCAUAAACAAGGUCCUGAAAAAGUGGUUGAACGGAAAACACAGUUUCGACGAGAUUUGCUGCAAAACAGGCCUGUCGUUCCAAGAAUUAGAUGACGUCAUCGAGAACGACCCAAACGUCGUGGUCGUGUGGAAGUGAGCUCGCUCAGACUUCACGCGAAGUGCCCACCUGCCGUGAUAGCACGAGACCUAGUAAACAUCACACAGGGUCUCAGGGUUUGGAUUUAAUUCAUUCACUCCUUGCUACUUUCCAGCAAAAUUAUGAGAAGAGUGAAACAUUACCUUCAUAUAUUACGACUACGACUAUGACCCUCGCUAUAUUUCUUGGACCGGGAAAUUUUUGGUGGUGAAGUUAGGAACAAAUAUUUUAUGAGCAUAGCAGAGGAUGCUUCAUUGCCAUGAUUCAAUGUUGGCAUAGAAAAGGUGCCGAGAAUGGCGACUGGCUUUACAUGGAUUUAAAAUGAGACCUGACGGAGCCCAAUAAAAGUGACUUGUUUGCU